AUGGAUGGACACGGAGGAAACAACACACCGGCAAUCGGCAUCGACCUCGGAACAACCUACUCAUGUGUUGCCGUUUGGAAGCAUGAUCGCAUCCAAAUCAUUCCCAAUGAUCAAGGCAACAGAAUCACACCUUCUUGUGUUGCUUUCGUUGAUGUCGAACGCCUCAUCGACGAUGGCGCCAUGAACAAAGCCGCCAUGAACCCUGCUAACACUAUAUUUGGUUCAAUUCUCCAAAGAUGGGAACUAUCUUUGGAAAAUAAUGAAAGAGGCAGAGGUAAUAAGAAGAGGAAAGGAAGAGAUGAGACUCCUUAUGACAGUAGAGGUUCAGAUCCAGCAUCUUGGAAAGUUCCUCAGGUAGUGUCUAUUAUAGCUUGUAAAACUUGCAACCAGGUUGUGGCUAUGUUCAAGAAACAUAGGAGUAUGAAUCAGUUUACAAUUCAUGAUUUGCAGAUCAGUAAUUGUGAAGUUAAGUAA